UCAAGGAAAUCUUUCUAAUUAAACUACGUGUACACAAAUCAAAAUGAGAUAAGAUAGAUAGGCGGUCUAAAAUUAUCUCUCAUAAAACGUUACCCGGCCAAACCAUUUUCUUUGACAGUUCUGCUAUCAACUAAAAACAAUCCAUAGGGUAUAUUCAUUGCAUACAAAAUAAAUUCUCGCCGUCUUCAGUUAUCUAACCAAAAUCGAUUAUGAUGACGUAUCAGUAUUUUUCCCGUUCUAACAGUCACAUCCAGCCUUCUUAAAGCGAUGAGGGGGAAACGAGUUCAUCAAAUGUGCUUUUAGCCAUAAUCUUUUACAGGUAUCAACAACCUACGCCACACGUCAGUCGACAUUGACUGGUUGGCUUCGUUAUCCGCCUGCUUGCUUCUUUCCGGCAACGUUCCCUAUGUGCAGAUCUGUCGGAAACACCGCGGCAUUAAACUUAGCGCUGGUGCUGCUGUUGUUGUUGUGUUCGUGAAAUUUUGUAACUGUCUACGAAUUUGUUUUCGAUUGCGGUUGGCGAGCAGCGUACGUCUCUCAAAUACAUCGUGCCAACAAACGCUUGCUUUCGACCACCAUUGCACGAAGCAGCGUUAACAACAAAAGAGGGCAGAAGUGUUGUACCGAGCGGAAGACGAUCUGUUUGUAGUUUUUUCGAAGUUCAAACAAAAGCUCUAAAAUGGAGGUCACAAGGGAAGGCAGCAAAGCGGAGCGCCACACCGAUUUCGCUACAUGCGAAGCGGAGACGUCAGAUGAAUCGUCAUUGACUACCAGGUUGGCUUCGCGAUGGACAGAGUUAAUGAACAACUCCGAUUCAGAAGUUGGCGAACGUGUACUAGUGAUUCACCAUGACUCUACAAAACUUGGUGUGCAAUUACUGCGGUUCGACGUGGAAAAACUACGUAAAUUGGAGACGCGGCUUAGGGAGGAAGCCAAGAGUAUGAAGCCGUACAAUUCCGAGCAACUAACAGAGCAGGCCGUCGUGGCUGUGUACGUCGACUCCGCAGUGGUUCGGGGAGUUGUCAGCACUGUGAUUGAAAAUGAGGCUCGCGUUCACCUGCUUGAUUACGGGAUCACGGUAACGUUAAACAUCGACAAACUUCGCAAGCUUCCAAAGGAGUUUGUCACAGAGCUACCCUUAUAUGGGAUUCGAGUGCUGAUUGAUAAGAACUAUUCGAUCGGUGGACCGAUACGAGGUGUGGACAACGAUCAGAGCCUAAUGAAUCGGAUCGUUCAUCUCGUCUCGUUGGUUCCGUGCAGCCUCACAACGGCACGUGCACGCAUUCAUGUUAUCGAGGCAGAACCUUUCGAAAAAGCACCGAAGUUAUUUUUAUCAAACAAGCUCAAGGUCUCGACUAGUUUCAUUAACCGAAGCUUACGGAACUCCACUGAAGUGAAUGGUGGCUAUUCUGUGAAGCCCGGCGGAACGGCAAAUCGCGAAAGUUUCUUAAAAGUUAGUGAUAGCCACAUUAAUGACACUGCGAGUGAUGAAGUUCUCGAUUGCGUGGAUACGAAUUCCGUCGUCGAUGAAGACCAACAGGCCGUGUUUGAGGUUGUUGAGAACAUUAAGAUGCAGGUGAUUAAACGCGAACUGGCAACGCAGCCAGAGCUUGUUGAAAAAGACAAAGCGAUGGACGGGCCAUCUGCGGUCACUUAUCCGAACUUGACGACAUCCUGUAAACGCCAAAGCUCAAAAGAAUCACAGAAAGUUGCGGAACAAUGGAAGAAAGAAGAAACUGGUCUGUUGACUAGCGGCAGCGUCAAUAAAGGUGCCCGGAAAAACCAAAGAGAAAAAUGGGAGGCUAAGGCGAAAUUAGUUGCUGCCGAAGUGUUUGCCCAGGUCAAAGCAACAAUACCUAUAAAAGAAACUGAGAAAUCGACGAAAUCCGCAAACGAAGAAGACAAAACGGCUAAAUCAGCACGACGGAACACUGGAGUAGAAGAAAUGUCAGGUAACUGGAACACCAGCAUUUCGCAGAAAAGUAUAAAGAUUUCUAGUGAAAGUGCCAACCCUCAAAAAACACCAAAAAAGGAAAAUAGUACCCUGACGAAAGAUAUGAUGACAACGAAGCUCGCCGAUGAAGCCAGCAGAUCCCGCAAAGGACUGACUGAUGAGAACUUUGUUCCAAUGAAUCGUUCGAAUGAGACUUUCUGCAAACCAAAGACGUCUAUGCACGGGAUGCCUUUGCACCGUAGAGAUGUCAUCAUGGACAUCUCAGUCAAAUUUCUGCGCAGGACUGCGCCGUGUAAGGCAAUUGUGUUGAGUCUCAGUCUGCUGAGCGAUGUCGAGAAAACGUUGAAGUCAUUGAAGGUUCCGCCCUUACGGCUUCCUCAGUUCAAAAUAGCCUGGGGUACUCGGAUUCUUAUCAGACGUCCUCAAGGUCUUUGUCGUGCUACGAUAGACUGGAAAGAACCUAAAGGCGCGUGGUGGCAUUGCAUAUUCGAUGACCUCGAUGACCCUCCAGUACAUGUUCGUUUAGGGGAAAUACUCGAGUGCCCAUCUAACGUACUGUGCCUUCCACGCGCUCUUUUGUAUGUGCACAUAUCCGGCGCACCUGACCUUCCGAGCAUUUUCCCAAAACCUCGACAGGUGAGCAAGCUCAGUGUAUUGGACUUCGCGGAAGUACGAGGCAGUGUUUCGAAUCUGCCGAUGAACCGAGUGUUCGGUUUUUUCCCAGAAGUCAGCCAAGAUCAUGAGGCGAAUUUCAAGAAAAGCGAAGCUACGACGUCGUUCGACGGUCGUAGUUUGAAGUCCUCGCAGCCUAUUACUACAUCAACCUAACCUGAACCGGCAAAGCUGCUGUAUGUAAAGCUCUCAGGAUGGCCAAGAUCAAAGCGCAGCGUGGACGAUGCAUAUAGCGACGUUGAGAGACGCAAAAUAGCAAGCACAAGUUUGUUAUCCACCUUCGAGUACUAAAUCCCGAGAGUUAACCCGAUUUGAAAUUGUUAGAUGUUUCGCAGAACUGUACGCGCGCAAAAAGUCGAAAUGAAUUGCUUUAUUUGCCAUGAGAUAAGCAAAUCGAUAUGAAUCUCAUUAGAGUCGCUCUAUCUAGUUGGAAAUCGUUCUUCCAGCGUCCAGCACUAUCCCCUUAAACUGACGCAGAGAACGCGUUUCUAUUAACGGCAAUUUUUUCGUAAUUUGUUUAUUAAUUUGCUAACAUUGCGAGUGUAGUGGUAUAACGACUUAUUUGAAUUAUACCCUUUGUAAUGUAAAUGUAUCUACGUGUCAUUAGUGUUAGCAGGGACAGAAGAAUUGCGAUGAUGUUUUAUACUGAAGCCAGUAUCACUGGGCCGUUCGUUGAUGAUUAGGCUUAUUGGCGUCUAUAUAUAUAUGCAAUUAGAAGAUCGUGCAUUUAUAUGGUGACGCAAUAAUAACGAAAGGAUGUGAAUUCUACAUGUAUUACUGAAAUAAUAGAAUUGUAACAUUGUUGCUUGUUGCUAAAUAGAGUUAAUUAAACAUAGUGAUUUCGGGAAGCGGGUCAAAAAUCGACAAUUGUGUUACUAACGGCUGUGAGAUAGCUGAAUUAAGCCAAUAAAGUGUCGUCUUAGCGCUGUUGAUGCAACACGGUGCGGCCAUCGCGCACAACAACCGUAGGCGUAGUCGCGGAAUGAUAUUGUUGAAUAGGUGUCUCGCCAACGUAUGUCCAGCGAAGCGCCAAAGUUAGUGACAACGUCAGCCAGAAACGAAUCUAUCGAUAGUGAAUUCAUGGCACCAAUAGAAGGGAAAAUCAAAUAAAAACGUCUCUUGACUGGUCCGUUUGAACACCAUGU